AUGGCUACAUGCACUUCCUGGAGGACCGAGCUUGCAAUUCUCCGCCAGAACCCUGUCGUCUCAACCAAAACACCAACCGUGGAGUAUCUUACCCAGGACUUCAUCGAUUCUCUCUUGGCGGAGCUAAAACGCUCAAACGCUCGGAACAGGGACCUUCAUAGUGAGCUCGAGAGCCUGCGGAAGUACGACACCGAUCUCAAAAGGGCUUUCGACGAAGAACAAGACACAUUCUGGACCGAGCUGCAGAAGAUGAAGUCCUCGCUCCUUGACUACAGCGUCUACACGGACACGCUGCGAGACAAGAUCGCCAAGCUUGAGGCGCAGCUCGAGAGCAGCGCCGCCGAGGCCUACAAUACAUCCGCGUGGCUGAGGGACUUCAAAGCCGCAAGAGAUGACGAGCGAAGGCAGCUCCUGGAGCGGACGGACAAGCUAGAGAGCCAGCUCGAGCGCAGCGCGAUCAUGCUCUUCGAUGCCAACGUGCAUCUCGAGCGCUGCGAGGCCCAGGGCGCGGACGACGCGGAACGGUUCAGGCUCGAGAUUCUCGCGCUCAAGAGUUACCACGCGGAGGAGCGCGUGCGCAUGCAAUAUCGGCACCGUGUCGAGUGCGAGGAGAUCCGCGAGGCGGGCGCGGUCGCGGAAGAGGAGAAUCGGCGCUUGGUGGAGCAGGUCGAGGAGCUGUGCAGAAGAGAGGAGGCACUCGAGGCUGCUCUGGAGAGCGGGGCGGCGGGGGUGGCAUACGACGAGAUGGAUGGGGACGUUUUGUUGCCGAGUGGGCCGCUGGAGUUGAGGCGACGGGCUUCGACGGAUGACUGCUGGCCUGGGAUCGAUAGUGCCCCGGGGUGGAUCGACACGCGAUUAUGUGGGUACUCUGCCCGGCUUCUGGGCGCGGAGAUGGACAUUGCGGCACUGAAGGACCAUGUCGCGGCUCUGCAGGAGCGAGCCAUGAAUGUCGAUUGUGGGUUUAGCUUAACUGCUUUACCCUCCAUGCCCCCGUUCAUACCCAGACUCUUUCAGGGACAGCUAGCAGCGUCUCGAGUUCAUCUGCCACCGAGAGACGCGCAAGAACCGUCAUCCAAAGAGCCUGCCCUUGACCUCCCUCCCUCCCAGAAGAAAGACCAGAACCGACGCAUCGUCCACGAGCGGUGCAUCAAGCACCCACACGAGGGCUCGAGUUUCCGUGCGGCGGGUGAGUACUGCCGAGAGAUCCGUAGGCGAGAAUUCCCCGCCGAGACUGGUGACUUCCGCUCAUGCAAGGAGGAGGGAUGCGCAGGAGGUUCUCGAUAG